GCCAUUUCUUAAGAUUUGGCUGCUUAUGUGCUGUUCUGUUAUGUGUUGUUUUUGACAUUAAAAGCUCGUUUUCGGCGAAUUAAUAGUUAAAACCUAGGUUAAAACUUGAUUAUUCACCUAUAAAAAUCCAUAUAAUGGGGCAUUAAUAAUGUAAAUUGCAGUGAUUGCUAUUUGUAUUUGCUUUUUUUGUUUUGUGUUUUAACCAGUAUUUGAAGUAUUUAAACUCGGUAAAUCAUUACCUUAAGUGGAGUUUUAGGCAAAUUAUGUAAAUAAAUUGCUGAAAUCCUGCUUCACUUUAAAUACUAGGAAUAAGCAUUGUCAAAGGUCAACAUACAUCUAGGGAGACGUUACCAGUUAUCGAGGUUCGGAAUUCGAUUACUUUGAAAAGGGCAUAACCUUCAAUCUUACAAAAUGUCCAAACGUCGAAUGAAAGGUCCUGGACUGAAGAUUCAGGUUGAAGAAGCAUCCAACUCCAAUCCAGUGACGCCACCAAGAAACUUGGACAAGACAGCUACCAUCACAAUCGGAAGCAAUACUUUUGUUGUUGAAGCUGAUAACCUAGAGAAGAUUUGUGAUCUUGGCCGAGGAGCAUACGGUAUUGUUGAAAAAAUGCGACACAAGCAAACAAAUACAAUUAUGGCUGUGAAACGGAUUACGGCCACAGGCCAAACGCAAGAGCAGAAGAGACUUUUAAUGGACCUGGAUAUAUCCAUGCGAGCAAGUGAUUGUCAAUAUACCGUUCAUUUUUAUGGGGCCCUGUUCCGCGAGGGCGAUGUAUGGAUUUGUAUGGAAGUGAUGGAUACUAGCAUAGACAAGUUCUACCCGAUCGUGUUCAAGAACGGUAGGAAAAUGCCCGAGGAUAUUCUCGGCAAGAUCGCAGUUGCAGUCGUUAAUGCUCUUAAUUAUCUAUACACUAAACUGCGUGUUAUUCACAGGGACGUUAAACCGUCCAAUAUAUUAAUUAACAGAGAGGGAGACGUGAAAAUGUGUGAUUUUGGAAUUUCAGGUUACUUGGUAGAUUCAGUUGCUAAAACAAUAGAUGCCGGAUGCAAACCAUACAUGGCACCCGAAAGGAUAGAUCCACAAGGUAACCCCGGGGAGUAUAACAUCAAAUCAGACGUUUGGUCUCUAGGCAUCAGUCUGAUUGAAAUGGCCACCGGUAAUUUCCCCUAUAGCACAUGGGGAUCUCCAUUCGAGCAGCUAAAACAGGUUGUCAAGGAUGAACCACCUCGGUUGAAAUCAGAUGAUUUCAGUGAUGUUUUCAAAAACUUUAUAAUCGCAUGCCUGCAGAAAAAUUUCCAAAAUCGGUACAACUACGAACAGCUGCUAAAUCAUCCGUUCAUUCAGGAACACACAGAAAAGCAGACGGAUGUCGCAUCCUUUGUGAGCGAAGUUCUAGAUUUGGCUGCAACGGCUUAGCAGUCUUAGUGAUAAAAGAACAUGUAUUUAGUUAGGGGUUUUAUUAGUUAAGAAUCUUGCUUAGAAACAAACAAUUACUACAGUUCUUGUAACGAUUUAUUUUGCCACAACCAAUAUGCCAUAAUUUUGUUUUCUUUCCCUCGAUCUUUCAUAAUUUGCGCACUUAUGUACGAUAGGGAAGAAUAAACAUUUUAAAUCCAUACAAGUAUGUUUUUUGAAGCCAGUACCGGUUUCCUGGGAAAUUCGUAUUUUUAAAAUUGCUGACUUUCAUUAGUUAUUUCGUGUAAAUACGUCAACAAUAUUACUUUCGGCAAUUACCGUUUUACCUUUGAAUAUGGUUUAAAAUUUUUUUGGAUUAAGUAAUAAAAAAUUGAACCAUGCGCCUAA